AUGGUCAAGAAGGACCUGCGUGGACUAGCAUGCACCCACCGGCCGCCCCGCCGGAUUAUCCGAGUCAAGGGUAGCGCAGCCGGCAGUGCUCAGACUGACCGCAGGGUGGCGGGCUCGUCCAGCGGUGGGGCCCGGGCGCUGCCGCCCCGCCCGCCGGCACUUCGCCGCAGAGUUGGUAUUCUGAGCGCGAGUCGCCGCCGCUUGAAUUAUUCAAGCCCAGACUCCGGGCUCGCCUCGCCCUCUGCGGAGCUGGCUCAGCGCAGCGGAAGAAGCCGGCCUCUGGCUAAGCCUCAGCCCCUGGGGUUAGAGCUGGAAGGCCUUGGAGGUCAUCUGGGCCCACCCUCUACUUUGGGGGAGGCAUCCACAGGGGACGGGGCCUUCCCCAAAUUCUGUGCCGGGGCACCCAGGAUUGGAAACACGGUAUCCAGGAAUCCCGAACCGUCCGGGGCCCUUUGCAAAAUUCUAGACGUCCCCGGUCCGUGCAGGAAACUCGAGAUCCCCCUGGAAAUGUUCCUCAUCUAG